CGUUGCGAGAACGAAAUAAAGAUAAAGAAAAAUUUAUGUCAAAAAUUUACUAAAUGUGAAAGAAAUCAUAUUUUCAAAGAUAUGCUUUUAUUAACGACACUUUAUACAGAUAUUUUGUAACCGUUAAAGUUUGUGGGAAGUUUGAUAUGAGUUCAAGCGGAUUUUUGAGCACAUCUUGCUGUAUUUUGAUACACAGAACUGUUCGUGUUUAUAAGUAAAAGAGGGACAGACGGAUUUGAACAACAUCGCAAGCCAGUGCUUUGCAUUCAUUUUCGUAUUUGAUUUCUUGGCCAUUCUGGCUAUGGACGUCGAGAAUAGCCUGCAGCAGUUGUAUUUUCAUUCAGGCAGCGUUCGUGGGGUAGCAUUUUCGCCCGUGGUAAUAUAUCAUAAUGAUAGUUCAUUUUGUGUCAAUUGUGUAUGUUUUGUCUCAAUUUGUGUGGUGGUAGAGGGUAGGUUAAUUAUGUAACCUGCAUAUAUGCGGAUUAAGAGGGUUUCAACUAUCUGAAAAAUACACGUGAAACUUUGACGUUUUGAGCGAAGGUGAUUUGACACAAAGUUAGUAAUCCCUCUCAAGUCACAGCUUUCUGGUGUCAAUACCAACUCCGGCACAGAGGGCCAUACCAUUUAAUAUACCCCCCCCCCCUAUGGACGAGAAUUUCUGAGGGGUUGUCACUUCACUAAACAACGCUAAGAAUUAUUGUCGAAAUCCUAAGAACUCUGGACAACGACCUCAAGUGGUGUUUUACUACAGAUAGGAACAAGCGAUGGGAGUACUGUGAUGUCCCUAAAUGUAUACCAGGUAUAGAGUAAUAUCGUUCUGUGAUCACUUGUGUGCAUCUGCAUCCUUUGAUCUUUGCGUUUUUUUCUGAGGGGUAAGGCAAAAAUUUCUUAAUUUCUGGGGGAGGGGGAAUUUGUGUCACACUUUGAUCUUUUUUUCUUGGGGGUUCAAAUUUUAUUGACCUCGUCCAUAGGGGGGUGUAAAUGGAAUGGCCCAGACCAGUAGGGUAUCGUAUCUACCCCUGUAUGUACAAGAACUUUGGCGAGGGAAAGGUAAGAGCUACAGGCUGUGGUGAGGAAGUAGGCUGCUGUCCUCAAUGCAUGAAUAUUUUGACUAAUUCUGAAGCUCGGUUUAGAUGGCGAACUUUUCAAUGCGCUUGAACCUAAUCAAAUCAAAUACGGCACAUGUUUGGCAACUAAUUUAGACAUCAGACUUAAUUGUACCGUGCCAAAAUACAAGUGCACCAUAUCAGAAAAUUCAGUACUAAUUGUAUUCAUAAUGGGCAAUAUGAUACCUUACUUCCCGUCAUCCCCUGCAGGCAUAAACUAAAAGCUGGAAUUUCCUAUUUAAAGUUCAAAAAAUACUAUAUUUUAGGAUCGCUAUCUGUUCUGUUCUGGAGCAUAUGAUGGCAAAGUGAAUAUAUAUAGUGCAAAGAAAUGCCAUCUUCUUGGUAGUUAUCAGGCAAGUUAAUGAAAUUACAAACAACCAACAAUACCAAUGGCUGUCUCUACAUGAUGUCCUUAAUUUUUCAGAUAACAACGUUGAGCUUGGCCAGAAAUAUAAAUGCUGUGAGGUUUACGUCAGAUGGUCAAAAGGUAGAUUGCAUUACUCUUAUAUAUGCAAAGAUAACAUUUUUGGUAAAAUGAACAAGCCCCUUGCUAUAUGGGGUUCACAGAAAUGGGAGAGUGCUAUUACCCACUCCCCUCAACUUUUUCACCAAGUAACAGAAAUAAUGUAUUGAUAUUUAUUAUAUAGUAGAGAGUGAGAUACUGAGAAAUACACAGUGACAUAUUUUCCAUAUCUUCACUAGUGAAGAUAUCGAUCAUGUGGCUUAGUAUUUAUACAAUUUUUUGCUUGGGACUAUAUAAUAAACAGAACAUUACACGUUGGCUUGAAGAUAUGACUUUUAUCUUCUCGUGUUGAAAACAAUAUUUUACUCACUCGCUGUGCUCAUUCGUAAAAUAUUGUUUACACCACUCAAAUAUAAAAAGUCGCACCGCCGUGUAAUAUCAUCCUCUAUAUAUUAAAAAUUAUGGUAAAUUAAUUAAUUGAUAUAGUUACAUAAUAAAAAUACUAAAUAGUCUGGCUACUAUGGGCUUCAUUCAUGCACAUGCCCUCCCGCCCAUAUGUCAAACAUGCUUGUGGAGGCUUGAUGGAGAAUUUUUGGUGAAACUGUUAUAUUCAACUUUAGGUGCUUGCAACAACAACAGUAAGAAGACUGGCUGUCUUAGACGUUGAAACUGGCGAACAAAUAUUUGCAUAUGACAAUUGUAAGAUGUUACUUCUUGUCAGGACAGAUUGA